UGUAAUCAUGUGCGUAUGUGGCGCCGCAGUCUCUUUCGUCAUCAACGAUCAGCCUACGUCAUCAUUCGUCAUCAUUGGAUUCUUCAUCAUCUUCAGUACAACAAUCACGCUUUGUCUCGUUUUUAUGCCGAAGAUUAUUGAAAUCAAACGUGACCCAACGGGCGAGGAGCGGAGGAUCAGGGCGAAAUUACAAAAACCAAAAAAGCAGACGAGCCGAGAGGAAAUGACGUUUGACCUCAAGAAGAAGAACGACGAUCUCCAAGCGGAGAAUAUCAGAUGUAGAAAUAUCAUUGCUGAGAAGAUGCGACUUCUACACAGCCUAAUGGAGCAGCUAGGAGGCGAUACACGAGAGAUCCAUUACCUAGGACAGCUUGCGGCGGGGGUCCGGGAAGCAUCCUUCAUAGGACGAUCGCCAGUUCACAAGAAAGUUAUUGAGCUGCGUUUAGCAGAUUCAUCGCCAAGUAAAUUGUCAUCGGGGUCGGAUCUGGACGACGGCUCCCUGAUGUCGGACAUGAGUUAUGGCUCAACCACGUGGACGAUAGCUCAAAACCCCGUCCACCGCCACGCCGAAAACGCUACCAUGUCCAUAACCUCCGUGGGAACUAACUUCUCCGGCGCAGGAUCCGUCGAUGAUCUUUGUAAGCGCGGAUUGACGAAGCGGAACUCUGUGAAAACAUGCCAGACGGAGAUAGAAGAGGACGACGAUGAUGACGUAUUUGGUGGCGUCUACUGCGGGCCUUCCAACCAUCGCACCUCCAUCAAACUGACCAACACUUGCAAGGAAAACGGCAGAGCUAAACCGAUAACGGAAGUUCACCCAUUAAUGCACGAUUUCCCAAACAAAUCGUAUAUGACUACGGAAAAUGACACCUUUAAACCGGUGAUCGGUAACAUUAAAAUAGGAUCGGACGAGGAAAGAGAACGGGAUUUAGCGUCUUCAUUGUUGUCGUAACUUGUAACCAUAUGUCAUUCUGAUAGAAACAGACUUGUAACGAGAUCAGUAAAUCGCAAAUUGGAUACACACAAGGCCGCACUUCUCGGACAACGGAAAUUACGCCGGAUAACUUUCAUGUUUCCGCCGGGUAUCGGCACUGGGCAGACGAGUAUCGGUGAUGAAGGUGGUAGCCGUGUGAGCACACUAGAGACAAUAUUCACGGACCCUCCUGUCAGAAGUGGUGUUAAGUGCCGCAGAAAUGUCCAGAAGAGCAAUACAAUCGCAUGUGACAUCAUUGAACACAUAUGAACUUCUAAAUUGAUAGCGCGUGUAACGUUAUGUUCAUAGUACCAUCUUUGUUGUAUUAUCCUCGAUAAUAUAUCUUU